AUGGAGCAGCACGACGCACUCAAGCCAGACAUCAACGAGCUCGCCAUACAUAUCGGCCUAAGUGAUCGCGUUGAGCUGUUACAAAGAGCCGCUCUGCUUGCGCGAUAUCAACAAGACCAUGACCAGGAAUGUUUUCUCGCCCUCGACCCCGCCGCGUCAAAGGUCUUGGAUCACGAGACCGCUUACCCCUGGCAUCAGCCGCGACUACUCUAUUUCACCAUCUUCAUUUGCUCCCUCGGUGCUAUAGAGCAAGGAUGGGCGCAGACUGGUAUGAACGGUGCAAACCUCUACCUCGCCGAAGCGCUCGAUUUGACGCCGGAGAGACGCGAGAAUGCCGCCUUCCUGCUAGGUCUGAUCAAUUGCGCAAUGUACCUCAGCAACGGACUGGUGGGAUGUUGGCUGAGCGAGCCCGUGAACAACGCCAUGGGAAGGCGAGGUGCUAUCUUCAUCGGAACACUACUCUGCCUGAUCGGCAACCUCGGAUGCGCCCUCGUACCCUCUGCCUACGCAUCAAUUCCCAUACUCGUCGCCUUUCGCCUGACGUUGGGAGUAGGGAUGGGAUUGAACGCAAGCACUGUAUCUGUCUUCGCGGCAGAAUCCGCUCCUGCGUACAUCCGAGGAGGCCUGGCUGUGAGCUGGCAGAUGUUCGUUGCGUUCGGCGUUCUGCUGGGUUUCCUCGCAAACGUGGCGGUCUACAAUCUUGACGACGAUCUGAUCUGGCGUUUGCAACUGGCUGCGCCGGCCCUGCCAACGAUACCUCUCCUCAUGCUGGUCUACUUCUGUCCGGAGUCGCCGUCCUGGUACAUGAAACGAUCACAAUGGCCUAAGGCUUUCUCUUCUCUCCGCCGUCUACGGUCUAGCGAGUUGCAAGCGGCUGUGGAGCUGUACUCUUUCGUCCGGUCGAAUGCGACGACAAAUCCGCCCACCAAACGGUCUUCGUAUGGGAAGAAGCUCAUGUCACUCUAUACGGAACCUCGGAACUUUCGAGCUCUCUUAGCAUCCUUCACGGUUAUGCUCUCCCAGCAGCUCUGCGGGAUCAACGUCGUCGCCUUCUUCUCCUCCACCAUCUUCUCUCGUGCCAGUGGGUCAAUGCUAUUGGCGCUUUGGGCGUCUGUAAUCUUUGGGCUUGUCAAUUUUCUCGGAGCAUUCCCCGCCAUCUGGACUAUGGACUCGUUCGGUCGGCGGAGGCUGUUGCUAUGGACUCUACCUCCAAUGUCGGUCACGAUGGCGGGCAUAGCGGUGGUCAUUGGCCUCCCUGAAAGCACAGCCCGCUUCAUCGUCCUCGCUUCCUUGAUCUACCUGUUUUGUGCGCUCUACAGCCCCGGCAUGGGUCCAGUGCCCUGCGCUUAUUCGGCAGAAGUCUUUCCGCUGGACGUAAGAGAGAUUGGAAUGAGCCUGGGGAUAAGUACGGCGAAUAUCUGGGCCACUGUUCUGAGUCUGACAACGCCGCCGUUGUUCUCUGCGAUUGGCGAUCCCGGUGUGUUUGGGCUGUAUGCCGGUCUCAAUGUCCUGGCGUGGUUUCUGUGUUGGCUGUUCGUAAGAGAGACCAAAGGGUUGCGGUUGGAACAGAUGGAGGUUACUUUCGAGAGCUCUUGUUCCGACUUCGUCAGAGGUAAUUGGCAGGAAGGGCUGCGGCGGUGGCAUCUUGGCAGCAAAGCUCGUGAGGGAUAUGGAGAGCUCCAGCAAUAUGACUCGAAUGAGGCUUGA